AUGUCCAAGGAUACGAUGAAGGCCGUGGUCUUCCAUGGCACCCUCGAUGUCAGGAUUGAAGACCGCCCCAUCCCCAAGAUCGUCGAUCCCACAGAUGUCAUUGUCAAGGUCAAGUACUCGGCCUUGUGCGGAAGUGAACUCCAUGUUUUCCGGGGCCACCAGCCAAGCAAGACCGGCUUCAUCAUGGGCCAUGAGACCAUCGGACACGUCGUCGAAAUCGGUUCCUCCGUGAAAACCCACAAGAAGGGCGAUUUGUUGGUGCUGCCAUUCACAGUCUCUUGCGGAGAAUGCUUCUACUGCAAGAGCGGAUUCUCAUCGCGAUGCGAGAAGUGCCUUCUUUUUGGGUGCCCGAUGUUGGAAGGUGGACAGGCCGAAUAUAUGCGUGUGCCAUUGGCGGAUGCAACCGCGGUGAAGGCCCCCGAAGGAAUCGAUGAGAAGAAGCUGGUCUUAAUGGCAGAUAUCUUCCCUACCGGAUACUUCGCAGCUGCGAAUGCCUUCCGCGGAUCCGACGAUGCAACGAUCAAGCAGAGCGUCGUGGUUUUGAUCGGAUGCGGGCCGGUCGGUCUGUGCGCCCUGAUCAAUGCCCUCGAGUAUAAACCCAAGGCGGUCAUUGCCGUGGACCGGGUGGAGAGCAGACUGGCCCUGGCAAAGAAGCUGGGCGCCGAGCCAUUCAAUGACCAGACAAAUCGCCAAGGUUUGGAGGCUAGAGUAAAAGAGCUUACCGAAGGAAGAGGUGCCGAUAUCAUCAUUGAGGGUGUUGGCCAUGCAGAUGCGUUGAGGACUGGCUUCGACCUGCUUAGACCCUGGGGUACUAUCUCCAGUUUCGGUGUCCACAACGAGGAGAUCCCGUGGACCGCAAACCAAGCCUACGGCAAGAAUCUAAGAAUACAAAUGGGUAGAUGCCCGGUACGAAGUAUCUUCCCACAGGCCCUGGAAAUGCUCAAGAAGCACCAGGACAAACUCGAUUUCAUGAUGGACAAGAUCAUGCCGAUGAGCCAAGCAAUCGAAGGAUAUGAUAUCUUCAACAAGAUGCAAGUUCAGAAGGUUAUUUUUGAGCCUGAACACCCGAACUAA